AUGGCAGCCGUCCAGCAAUCGCUCACGCCCUCAAUUCUGGCAACGGCCAGUCUUACGGGCGUCGCUCUUCAUCUUCUCUUUUUUAAACAUGUCGAGGUCGACAAGCGCCCGGUAUCUACUGCAGCGUCUUUUAUUGCGGCAUAUUUCCUGCUUGCCAAUGCGCUUCCCCGGAUUAGCAGCGAAUACGAAAGCUUCGUCUGGUCACAUACCGUUGCGUUCCUGGCUUGGGCGUCUUUAGUCGUCUCCCUCUGGACGAGCAUUCUUGUCUACCGCGCCUUCUUCCAUCCAUUGAAGAACUUCCCUGGCCCGUUCGGCGCGCGAUUGAGCAAACUCUGGAGCUUGAACAAGGUCCUCGAAACCAAUAUCAGAUGGUACCGCACCCUGGAUGAGCUGCACCAGCGGUAUGGGGAUUUUGUUAGAACAGGACCUCGUGAGCUCGUGAUAUUUGACGCGGAGGCGAUCACACCGGUGCUGGGCUUUGCGUCGAUAACCGGCAAGGGACCUUUUUACGACUCAAUGGAAACAUCAGUCAACACGACUCGGGAUAAAGAAUUCCACCGAAAGAGAAGGAAAGUGUGGGAUAACGCCUUCAAGAUAUCACUUUCGGACUAUGCCCCCCGGAUCGAGGAGUUUACCAGCCAGCUCCUCGUUCGAAUCGGUAAGAAUGUCGGAAAGCCAAUUCUGGUGAACGAAAUAUGCAUACACUACAGCUACGAUGUGAUGAGUGCUCUGGCCUUUGGUGACCCAAUGGCUUUUAUCAAGGGUGACUCUAACGACGUCGCCAAGUCGGUCCUGGAUAACAUCCAGAAGGGAGUCGAUGCCAUUGGCCUUCUCCUCCAUGUGCCCUGGCUAAUGGGCAUGUUGACCACGUUCUCCUGGGCAAUUGGCCCGAUGCGUGAGUGGAAUGAAUACUCGGAGAAGCUGGUCAUUCAGCGGAAGAACAUGAAAAAUCCUAAACCGGAUCUCUUCAGUCAUCUUCUCGACAAUACAGAGGACACUCCAGCCGGCCGCUCUCUCCUCAACUCGGAGUGUCGCUUAAUUGUCGGUGCGGGAAGUGACACCACUGCAACCGCUUUGACAUUCCUCCUCGUCAACUUCGCCCUGUACCCGGAGUGGCUCCAACGGCUUCGCGAUGAGGUCGACCCAAUCUUUGCCAGUUCAUCAUUUGACUGCACCCGAACACAGCCUGUUCUCGACGCCAUCAUCAACGAAAGCAUGCGCCUCAGCCCGUCGGUAUUCUUCGGCUCCCAGAGAGAAACUCCCCCGGAGGGCAUGAAGAUCGGAGACACUUUCAUUCCUGGAGGGACCAUCAUAUCAAUCCCGGCCUAUCAAGUCGGCAGAGAUGAACGCAACUUCGUAGACGCAAAGAAGUUCCUCCCGGAAAGGUGGUACUCGAAGCCUGAACUGAUAAUGAACAAAAAGGCGCAUAUGCCCUUCUUAACCGGCCCAUUUAACUGCGCAGGCCGCAAUCUGGCGAUGAUGGAACUCCGGUCUGUGGUAGCGCGUGUGGCACAUGAGUUUGAUAUUGCCUUCCCCCCUGGGUACGAAUUUGACGUGGACGAUUACUUUGGAAGGAUUAAGGAUCAUUUCGUGUCUGGUGCGCCGCCCCAGGAUCUUGUAUUCACGAGGAGAGACUAG